GUAAAACGGGGGAAAGGAGAGAGAGACUGAGCGGGAGUCAGGACAGGAAGCUGGUUUCUCAUUCCUCUAACUGUCCAAAGGCAGGAGGAGGGGAAGGGGGGGGAGCCAAAGAGGAGCCUUGUGCAGACUCUUCCCCAGUGCCUUUUCAUUAGUCGGUUUGAACUUCCAGUCUCCUCCGAAAGCCAAGAGGAGGACGACCAGACUGGGACGCUUUCUGCUGGAAGUGGCGACAGCGCAACUGACGAAACCCAGAAGGUGGCCGUGGAGGGUCCCGGGACUGCGCUGAGGGCAAGACAUCCCCCCUCCAUCUCCUGCCCCCAACUUGCCAGCUCUGAUGCGGGCACCCAUCCACCACCCACUUCCCUCUGAUGAGAACCCUUCCGGGCUCAGGCUAUGAUCGCUGCUGCUGCUGCUGGCUGUGGAGCCUCUUCUCACCCUGACCUUCCUCUGCCACAGGAGCAGCCCAACAUCUGGUGGGGAUUAAUGUUUACUUCUCUGGCUGGACGCUGUACAGGACCCCCGAUGUUGCUCCCCGGGAGCGGGACACGGGCGGUGGUCUGAGGAGAAGAGCAAGAUUUUUGUCACUCAGCGUGAGGUUGGGGGGAGGGGGGCAAGGCAGGAGGGGAGGCGAACCUCUUUUGGGACUAACCUCAUGAAGAACAAGGGAGCCAAACAGAAACUCAAGAGGAAGGGAGCUGCGAGCGCAUUCGGCUGUGACCUGACGGAGUAUCUCGAGAGCUCUGGGCAGGAUGUCCCCUAUGUGCUGAAGAGCUGUGCGGAGUUCAUUGAGACUCAUGGCAUUGUGGAUGGGAUCUACCGCCUCUCAGGAGUGACAUCCAACAUACAAAAGUUGAGACAAGAGUUUGUUUCUGACCAAUGCCCGGAUCUAACAAGGGAAGUGUACCUUCAGGACAUCCACUGCGUGGGGUCACUCUGCAAGCUGUAUUUCAGGGAACUGCCCAACCCUCUCCUCACUUAUGAGCUCUACAAGAAAUUCACGGAAGCAGUAUCACGCUUCCCUGAGGACGAGCAGUUGGCAAGAAUUCAAAAUGUCAUCCAGGAGCUCCCACCAUCACAUUACAGAACGCUGGAAUACCUGAUCAAGCAUCUGACUCACCUGGCCUCCUUCAGCAACAUGACCAACAUGCAUACCAGAAACCUGGCCUUGGUGUGGGCUCCAAAUCUUCUCAGGUCAAAGGAGAUUGAGGCAGUUGGCUGCAAUGGGGAUGCAGCUUUCCUGGAGGUGCGAGUGCAGCAACUGGUGAUUGAGUUCAUCCUGAAUCACGUUGAUCAGAUCUUCAACAACAACAGAAAAGCCAGCUCUUCGGAGAACAUCGAGAGUGCAUCAGUUGUGAAAAGUCUGACCCUCCCCUCAGCCUCCCUGCCAAUGAAACUGGUGAGCCUGGAAGAAGCACAGGCACGGAGUCUGUCUGCAUCCCACCCUGCUCGGAAGGAGAGGAGAGAGAACAGCUUGCCUGAAAUUGUGCCUGUAACUGGGUCCUUCUUCCACACAGUUGUUGACCUCCCCGACAGCAAGAGAAAAUUAUCCACAAAGUCCAAGAAAUGGAAGUCGAUAUUUAACUUGGGCCGCUCUGGAUCAGAAUCAAAGUCUAAACUGAGUCGAAAUGGGAGUGUCUUUGUAAGGGCACAGAAGCUCUCUGAAAAAGCAACUAUUCGGCCUGCAAAGAGCAUGGACUCGUUGUGUUCUCUCCCAGUGGAAGGGGAGGAUGAAAAAGGGAGGUUCAAACGGUCAGUGACUACUGGAGGGUUUUUCGUUCCGACGAAGAUACGGACAGGAGGAACAGGCAGCACAUAUGACCUCAGCAAGGAGAAUGAGUGGGAGCGUGAAGGAUCUGCCAUGGGGGCCAAAGGAAGCUCAGAGCUGAGUGGGGAGAAAGGUCCUCCCAGGACACUACAGGUGAAGUCACCCCCUGAGCAGCUGAAGGUUUUCCGGGUGGCAGAGGAUGCUGAAAAUGAGCAGACUUCAGCCAAAGGAGCGCUCAUGUUCUACACCUCUGAAACAGCCACCAAGUCAGGCUUCCCAAGCAGCCUCUUCCCCUUGGAGGCCUCUCCUCGUCACCAGAGGAAAGCCCUGAACAUCUCAGAGCCAUUCGCUGUCUCUGUCCCCCUGCGGGUAUCCGCAGUCAUCAGCACCAACAGCACGCCCUGCCGCCUGCCCACCAAAGAGAAGCUUUCCCUUUCCAGCCUAGAGGAGCUCUCUUCCCUAAUGGUGGAGAGCACAAGCCCCUCUGCUCUGGAAGCAGGGACCCACACAAGGACAGACCUGGCAACGGAGCAGAAGGAGAAACAGCUGGAGCCCACUCUGCCGGUGGCAGCGUCCAGAGGCUCUCACCCUGAGGAACUGGUGGCAGCCAGGAAACCUGAGUCCUUAGAAACUCCACAGCCAGCUGCAGAAAAUCAGAAGACAUGUGGGCAAAGCAGCUGCACAGGCAGCACCAAGAGCCCCCAGCAGUCCUUAGAGCAGAGAGCCACCUUGGAAGAAACACCAGUGUCGGAGUUUCAUAAGGGGCCCCUCCCGGAAGACAGAGCAGAGCAAGGACAGCUCAAUAUGAAGGAUGUCUCUUCAGAAGGAAGCUGUCAUCAACAGGAGAUAGAGACAGCUAAGACAGAAGAAGGAUCAUGCCUAAGAGAUGUGACUGAGGAGGACACAGCAAAUGCCCUUCUAGAACCUCUGUGGCCAGAGAUACAGCAGGAACUGAAAAUUAUUGAACCUGAAGAGGAGCUCUUGCUCUUGCCAGCAGCUGCCCCCAAGACAAGCCGAACUUCUGAAUCUUCUUCUUCAGUACAAACAGACCAUCUUUCCUCUGGUCCAGGGCAGAGUCCAACACUAGCUGAGCAGACAUCUUCAAGCACAGCAUCGCAAGUAACUCAGGUGCCCUUAUUUGGUGCCAGCAGCAUGGAGCGACAAGACAGCCCUCACGACUGCCAGUCUGAUGCAGUUGCACAGCAGAGCUGUGGCUCAGCCCUACCUGAACUGAGUACUCUUCCAACUGGCACAGCCACUCCAAAGAACCACCACCCAAUGGUGGACAGCAGGAGUGAAUGUCUUGCUCCUAGCCUGGACCAGAAGAUUCAUAGUCAAUUGGAAUUUAAUAAGAUUGCCCCAAAUGAUGAAUUUUCUUGUUCCAAAGGAGCACGUCCAGAGUCAGGGAGAGAAAAAGAUAGCACUUGCCAGCAGCAGAGGGAAAAGGAUGGUCUUACCAGAGUCCAGACCCAGAAGGAGAAGCAAGAGAUAAUGACUACUGAUGAAAGGGACACAUUCUCCUCCAAGGCACUGAGUGGAGAUGGAAUCCCAGAGGUGAAGGAGGGCCAUGCUGUUAGCAGAACCCAGGAUGCUGGUGACCAGGAUGAUGAGGACGCCUGGACAGAUAAUGUGCAGAGCUUAGAACUUGUGGAGCCAUGGGAGGAUCACCAGUGGGUUACAAGCCCUCUCCAUUCCCCCACCUCUAAGGACAUUCAGGAGAAGAUGAUACAGGAGUUUCAUCCACAGAGCCAGAGAGCAGAGACAAGCCUUUCUCUUAGACCACGAUUCAGUCGCAGCCUCUCCCUGGACAGUAAAGACACAGUGAUGAGUUUAUGGACUAUCCCAUUCUCUUUCAUAGAUGCCACUGACCAGCAGCAACCACACAGUGACAUUCUGUCAGUGACUUGUGAGCUGUCCAAAACAAAACCCGUCUCUCCUUCUAGUUUGGGCAAAGCUAGGCAAGAUGAGAAUGGCCCAAGUCCUCCAGAAGAAUCUCCAAAACCUGAGAAGCUGAAGUAUGCCCUCAGCAGGGAGGAAGUACCAGCUGAGAAAGCAGGACCCUACAGAAUACCUCUUUCAGAGCCAGAGGAAAAGAAAGUGGAUGUGAGCAAAGAAAAACCUUGGACCUCAAAGCCUGAGCUGUCUUUGCCCUACCAAAAGAGCCCAGACAGUUCUUCACAGACAAAGAACACAAAGGAGGAGUUAUCCAUCUCUCAGGACACUGCCCUGGGAGGAGAGACUGUCACCAAAGCAUUGUGCUCUGCCCCUGAGUCACAGCUGAGUAAUAAAGGGGAAGAAACACCUCGCAAAGUAAAGACUAGGCCUUCCUCCCUCAACUUGGAUUCGCUCCUCCCAGCCCCAGAUUUCUUCACAUUUGAGAACCUGUCUGUGCCAUCUGCCCCUGGGAAUCUCCUAUAUGGGCAGAAGGAAGUAAAAAGCAGUGAUUCUGUCCCAUCCCUGCCAACACACUGCCCUGCUGCCAGUAAAGGUGUUCCUUGGGGGUCUAGUUUCAAUUCCCCUGUGGAUCUAGACUUGGAUUACCUGGCAGUGGCCCAUGCCAGCACUGGCCGUCGUAACUCUGCCCCCGUCAGUGUGUCGGCAGUCAGGACCUCCUUCAUGAUUAAGAUGUGCCAGGCUAGAGCUGUGCCUGUGAUACCACCCAAGAUUCAGUACACCCAGAUCCCCCAGCCCCUGCAGGCUCAGAAUGCUGCUCCACCUGCUGAGAAGAAGGAGGCAGAAGCCAAGCAGACCAUCAGGCAAACACCACGGGUGGCAUGGAGUCACUUGGAGGCCCCCAAGAGCCCUCUGACAGAGAAGAAAGCCAAAGCAGAGAAAGAAAACAGUGACCCAGCUCAGAAGGACUCAGCCUGUCCCUGGCAUGGCAGCCUUGGCCCUCCACUGGAGCCAUCUCAGUCCAGUCAUAACCCACCUCUGGAUGCCCCCGUUCUGCGCCGAAAGCGCACCUCUGGAGGGGAGACAGCUGGAGAUAACCCACAGUCUUCAAAGAUAGAGAGGCCAUCAGGGUUCUCCAAGCCUUCCUAUAGAUCUAGGCCCGGGAGGCCCCAAAGUCUGAUUCUCUUCAGCCCCCCUUUCCCCAUUAUGGACCACCCCACCACUUCAGCAGACUCCAGGGUAUUAUUAUCACCCAUAAGGAGCCCCACUCAGACCACCUCUUUGAGCCCCAUUUGUGGUGAUCUGUCUGAGACUUCGCGGACGACACCUGAGGGGGUGACACUGCGGAACAAAAUGACCAUCCCCAAGAAUGGCCAGAGACUGGAGACAUCUACCAGCUGCUUUUACCAGCCCCAGAGGCGCUCCGUGAUUCUGGAUGGACGAAGUGGGAGGCAGAUUGAAUAGCAGCUGCUUCUCCUAUUCCUUUUCUGUGAUGGUUGGGAUGGGAGUGUCCAAGACCAAUUCUGUUGCCAUUUUGCUGUUGUUAUUUUGUGCAAGAUGGACUUGAAUCCUCUAUGGUUUCCUGCAAAGCUUUUUGCUAUGGAAGGUCAUAGUCUCUUUGUCUUGCUUUUCCUUCCCUAUCUCACCUCUGCUUAGUCCCUCACUGCCUGCUUUUUUUUUUUUUUGUAAGCCAGUCCCAGGGAACUUGCAUUUUCUCGUGCUUAUUGUCUAACAAGCCCUGUGAAAAUCUCAUCCUCCCUAUGGAAGAAAAGGAAAAAUAAAUCUCUUUAUAAUUAGAAAACAGGGCUUGAAGGAAACCCUGUUACAAAACACUGCAGCCCAGGGUGCUGAGGAGGUAGAUCCAGAUGUUUAGGAACUCUUCCCAUUGUUUCCCAGACACUGGUGAAGGACUGUUUGAUUUAGACAGUGUAAAUAAACAGUGCAAGAGGCUGGGGAUAGCUGAAGGGGAAAGUGAAGCUGGCAUGAGCAGGUCACAGUCACACAGGGUGUGAGACACUCAAGGAUGUUCCAAUGACAAACAUACAACCUGAACAAUGCCCUCAGCUCUAUCCUUGCAUCAAAGAUGGGCUCUUUCCAGCAUGUGCAAGUGCUGGAAUGAAAGCAGCUGUACAGGAAACGCCUAGUUGUUCUUUUAAUCUUCCAAGUCCUGCUCAUGAGUUUUGUGUGCUCAGCCACACCUUCCUCGGGUAGACAAGAUCCAUGUGGCUGAGGAAUGAGUGUGCAGCUGGCUGCCCAGCGUAGAGACUUCUCAGGCUGGUAUCAGUGACAGCCAAGAUGUGGUCUUGACAAAGUCCAGUAUCAACUAUUUUCAUCAUUGCUUAAAGCCAGGUGACACCUCUGCAGCUAUCUCUGGCUGAGCUCCACACUGCCAACAGGAGAGAAAAGAAAGAGGAUCUCCUGAUCUGCAUGUUCUUGGGCUAUUGCCCUCUUGUACCCUGAUUGACAUGUCUUUGACCCUUGGUCUUUCAUUGCCACUGUGUGGCAUGUCCCCAGGUGCUUCUUAUUCCUUUAAACUUCCACUCCUUGUGAUUUUACACUAUUCCUUUGAGAGUAUGGCUGGUUGUCACCUCCCCGGACCUUAGUGCUUUCAGACUGAUUAAAAGUGUGGUAAAGAGGAUGGUUUGUGGGACUGCAGAACAGAUCAUGAACAAGUCCUGAGAGGGAGAUUUGAAGUGAAUUAAAGUCUCCCCUGAAGGGAACAUUAAUGUUACAGGAAAAUACAGGUUCAGAUAUGCAACAGCUGCUGUGGGAAUAGAAUUAAAGCUUCCUUUAUAAAGCCUCUAACUCUACAUUCUCCACAGGCUCAUCUAUUGACUGCUUUGUGACCGUGGGUGAUUGCAAAGUCAGGCACAGCCUAGGCUGUCUCUGCAGUUUAAGUGUCACUAGUGACUACGGAGGAGACAGGUACACAGGUGUUGCUGCCAGCACUGAGAUUGUCCCUGUAAUGGCACUUACAGGGGCCGUCACUCCUGGAGAUGUCUGAGUCUGUAGGCCCUCUGUUGGGUAUCAUGGGCUGUAGUUGAAGCAGUAACUGAGCAUCUGUUAUGAAGUGCUAUAGCCACCAAAAUGAGUGUCAGCCAGAAUUUCCCAAAGGAUGUAUGUUUAGGGCUUUUUUUCUGAAGUACUAGCAGUUUCAAAUGGUUAGUAAACUCAACCCAUGAGCUCCUAGUCUGACUGUCACUUUAUUAGUGUUAUUGUGGCUGGAGGGCCCUGAGCCUGUAUAAUGCUUUCUCUCCACUCUUUGAUUGCUAACGGGAAGAGGUACCAGAGUAGUUUUUAGAAGUUUUGGGUCCACAAAUGCAAGCAAUAUAUCUUCAGCAGAAUUUUCUCCUGCCAUAUGCAAAGGGAGUGUGAAAAAACAAGAGGGCUUUUCCCUGUCACCAGUUGCAGUCUUUGAUCCUCCCCACUGUACUCCUCAUGUGUGCAUAAUGCCAUAUAAGAGGCAACAGAGCAGAGAACUAAAUCCAUGCUGUCGGUUUUGUUAAGGGAGAAUAGUAAACCAGAUGAGAGCCUGGAGUUUUUGUUUGGGUCCAUUUUCUCUCACAGAUGGCAGCCUGUGCUUUAGCUGGGCAAGCUGUGGACAGCAGGCCCAGAAUAUGCAGCUUCAUGACAAUCGUAUAAUUCUACUCCCAGACCAUAAGAUGCCUGUGCAGCCUCCUAUAAAAACUAGGGAGUUGCCAGUCCUCCAUGGUCCUCAUAGUUAUCACAGCUCUAGGCUGCAUUAACACCCAAAUGCCUUUUUUAUUGCCUCAUGAGAAAGCUUUUAAUCACCAUGGCUGGGUUAAUGGCAAAUGAUUCGGGAAGGUGAGAUAUGAGGUAUUGUAAGAGUUUAGAAGAAGGCAAAGUUGUGGAAAUGAUGCCCAGGGGUUUUUUUGCAUCAACAAAAUAGUUUACUUUGGACAAGGAUUUAUUCUCUGAGUUCCUAGAAGUUUUGACAGCCAAGGCACCUGGAAGAGAGCUAAAGAAGCUCACAAAAUAAUGUACCAGAAGAAAAAAGAAAAUGUGAUGAAACCUUGGCAUGCUGAAACCACUUUUUUUCCCCCCUCCUUAUUCUCAUAUAAGUUGAUGUAUGAACAAGAAAUGAGGUCUGGCAAUUUGUAUAUAAUACACUGUCUCAGCUCUUAACAGCAUUCCGGUAAGUAAUAGCGCUUUUGGCAUAAGUGGUGAAACUCCUGCAAGAGAAAAUUAUUAGAAAUCUUUACUUAAUAUUAAAGAUCAACCUCAACUAAAAUCUGUAUCCAGACCAUACUUUUUAAGGAUGUUUCAGAAUUUGAACUCAGAUCCGGGUCCUGGAUUUUAAUUAAGCAGAGAUGCUGUAAUGAUAUGUCUAUUUUGUAGCUUGAUCCUGUUUCUUAUCUACAAUUUCAUCUCCAGCCUUCAGCUUAUGUUCCAAGAGCGCUUAGAUAAAGCCUCAGGUCCUGCAGAGCUGAAAGUACAUGCUUAGUUGCAAGGUGCGCCGUUGGACAGGUGUCAUGAUUCUCAACUUCAUACUCAGCCUUCUGCGGAAUCUGUAAUGCUUGAUGAUGGAUCCAUGUUGAUACUGGUAGUUGCAGUCAGCUUGAAGGACCAGAGUUUGAUAGUUGGCCAGAACCAGAAGACAGAUGCCAUCUCCCACUGAAUGGUGCUGACUGUGUGGCAGGAGCUUCCUGAGAUCCAACUUCAUUAAGCUAUCCCUGAUGUCAGUUUUAGGGUCAGUCCUGAUCUCGCUAAGAAAGGAUUUAUGGGUUUUUCUCCUUGUUUUGAGAUUUGUGUUUAUUUGUUUGUUUGUUUGGAGUUCUGUUUGUUUUUUAAUUGUUUAUCUGUGAAGCAUUAUGAAGAGGGAUAGAUUAGAUUUAUGGGAGAAGAGUCUGGCCCAGAAUUUGAAGUUUUGUGUACCAGAGAGCUACUGGUUGUUCUUGGUAUUGAAAAGACUAAAUAGACUGGCUCAUCCUCUGCAGCUCCACAAAGAUCAUUUUAGGGACCCAGCAGUACAUUUCAAUUCUCCUGAGACUGUGAACAGUGUAAAGGCUAUUCCCAAGUUUGCAGAUGGCCCCAGUAUCAGACAUGACAUAUCACCAGCAUAUGUUGCUUGUGGACUUUUACCAAUGGAAGACAAGUGAGUAAAUUGCACUUAUUCUUCCCAUGUAGUCGGGGGUUUGUGCAGCUUCUGUUAAAUGUAGCUCAGAGUGAAAUGGCUGAGCUGGCAAAGAUGAGAAUUCCCUGACAGAAAGGAGGGACACGGUUAAUGUUAGCUUGUGUGGGAGCUGCCUUAUUUGCAGGAGAGUAAACAGAAAGGAAGACUAUGUUUUACCUUAUAAAUCCCAGUCCUCUGGGAUGUCCUUCUCAUGGUAUGACUGCAGAAAGACUGAAGUACUUAUUUUUUCACCUUUAGAGCUUCAGAGGAACUUAGAUCUGUAUUAGAGAGCAUCCAUAAAGCCUGCAACAUUUUCCCUCAUCCAGAGUCCAAAUGGUGCAAUAAAAAUCUUUUUUCUUUCUUUAUUGAUUCUGAAAUGCCUGUCGUGGUGAACACUUUUUAAAUUUAUAUAUAUAUAUAUAUAUAAGAUCAUUCUAUAUAAAUAUAUUAAAAACUAAAUGUAAUUAAAAUGAAGGAAUUGCCUAAAUAGUAUUUUACAUAUCUGUUAAACUUGGGCUGAUGCAUGGAACUGUUUUCUGCUGCAACUUUUGCAGCACUGAGAGUGUGAGAUCAAAUGUGGGCUUUUUGCCCACAAAGUAGCCAAUUAGUUCUGGCUAAUCUGUGGUGGGCAGAAGGCCUGAAUACACCUUCCUGAGCAGGAUCUUGUCCAGGGAGAGGAGGAAUAAGAUCAGGGGAGACCAGAGUGCAAGGACUGAUUUAACUUUCCACCAUAAUCUUCUCCCAAGUCCUUGAAAAUGCAAACAGUCUACUGAAGCAUAUAUUAUCUUUCAAGCAUGCCCAGGUUUUGCAGUUGUCCCUUUUGCUUGUCUCCACCUCUAGAAAAAAUGAAUAAAAAUCUCUAAGGGUGGGGGGAGAAGCUGUAGCUGAUCCCUAUUUGUUUUAGCCUUUGCUUGCUCUCAGUUGAUGAAAAGGCUUGGUGAUAACUAGUUCUGCUCCAAGCAAGGAAUGGAAAGCUUGCUACUGAGUUUGACUGGAGAUGGAGUAGGACUGUAACAGCCCCAGAAAGGAAGGAUGGCAAGAGGUAAGAGCUUUCUGAGGGCUCUGUGCAGCAGUCCAGACCUUAGAUCUUGUGCUUAUAGGCACUGGUCCCCUUUGAAAUAUUAUUUGCUGCCAGGUCAAAGGAAGGGCUGGAAGUCAGACACUGUGAAAGGGACUGUCCCAAUCCCACUAACUCUGGUUUGUGAUUAUUUUUCCUGCUAGCUCUGAUGAAUUGCAUUUUUGUUAAGCUUUUUUCCUCUGUGUGGACUUGCCUGCCCCCAUGCCUAAUUGCUUUUUUUUUAAAAAAAAAAAAAAAAAAAAAAAAAGGAAAGAAAAACAAAAGGCACAAAAGAAAGAUGUUUUGCCAGGUCUCAGCCAUUAGAUUAAACUAGAGUUUUCAUAAAAAACAGACCUGUGCCCUAGUGAUGUUUUGGAACAUUUUCUUUUUCCCAGAUUUGGUUUAUGAAUGCAGUGCAAACAUUUUUGUCUUCCUCUGACAUUGGAGUUUGAGCCCCUCUUUUGUUGUGUGAGUGGCCAGGGCACUGAAUUGUGUUUGUGAGGGUUUGGAUGGUGGGGAUUAGAGGUUAGGGCCCAACCACACACUUUUCUGAUUGGGGUUAUGAGGACUGCAGCUGCUUUGCAGCUCUGAAGAUGAAGUGAGGGCUUGGAGACUUCUGUAGAAUUACUGUUACCUGACAUACUUUAAAAUUUUCAAGGGUAAAAUUAUCUUUUUUCUUACAAUUUCUAGUUCUACCAUGCUGAAGUUUCCGUGACGUACAACCGUGUCAUCCCUUUAAGCAUAUCUCCUGCAGAAUUCUGCCUUGCCUGUAAUAAUGCAGAGCAAUGCAGAGUGCAGUAUGGAAAAACUUUGGGAUCCCAGUGUUUGUAUAGCAGAAGCCAAGCUGGAACAGAAGUUACUAUGAAGCCUCUGGUGCAUCAUAUAUGCACUUCUGUUGCUUUGUAAAGGACAAGCAAGAACUUAAGCAAAUUAUGAAUUUAGUUCCCUGACUCUCAUUAACCCAAUCUCUGAGCUGUAGCAUGGAAGUCAAUAUUAUUAGUAUGUGCCCCUUCUAUCCUGGGAACAAAACAGAAAACAAAAUAAGGAAGGGGGGGGGGGUGUUCUUGUGGCUGUAGCCUCGGUGGAUGUAUUUGUAGUGCAGCUUGCUCACUGUUCUCCCUAAAAACCAGAUGAAUCAUUAGGUUAAAUGAAAUACUUUUUUUUUUUCCUACUCAGCAGCUGAACUCAGAGCUUGUCUCCCUUUCCUACCUCCUUCAUGACUUCAGUUUCCCUUUAGGGAAAUGCUUGGGUUGUGCUUCCUGCUUACCAUGGCAACUGGCACACAAAGUGAGAAAGAAAAUCAUGUUUGUUGAACUCUGAAAUUGUUAGCCAGAGCCAAUUACUAGUUCUGUACAAGAAACAGUAUUUUUCUAUUCUUUGUGCCACAGAAUCUAGCAAUGACUUGGCCAUAGGGCAAGAGGAGAAUCCUGAACUGCCCCACAGCAUUCCCAUGGUUUGAAAGUUAAGUAAAAGGCACACUGUAGACCUGCUCAUGCUCCAAUCAGCACUGCUCCCUAAAUCAGGGUGCUUAAACACAUGGAAGUCUUUGAACACAAUUUCACCCAGUUUCUUUUGCCUGCCUGACUUAGGACAAUUGUCUGUGUAGGUUGUAUUGGAAGCCACAGCUACAACAUCUUGAAUACUUUCAGCUAAGCCAAAACCAAGAUUAAGCAAGUUCCCAAACUGGCUGUUAAUCAGGAAGCAAUCUAACCACUCAGUGUGAAAGAGCAUUUGAUACUGGUGUCUCACACAUCCUCAUUGCGCCCCAGAGUCCAGAAGCUGUGGGCAACAGAACAUCUAGCUGCUAUUCCACUGGAUGGGGCUAAAGGUCACCUGGCAGCAAAGGAAAAGGCAGGCAGUGCAGAGAAGGAAAUUUAGCCCAGUGAAGGAGACUGGCACGAGGCAUCAACAACAGCAAAAAGAACAGAAUCAUAAAGAUCAAGACAGAGAAAGACAGUGAGAUUUCUGAGUUAAUUUUCCAUCUGAGCAGGAUAAACUUUUGAAAGAACAUGCCUCACCACAUGCAUUUAGUGUUUCAGUGUUAAGGACUAGAAAUGAAUGGGACCUGCAAAGCUCAGACCUGCCCAAGUUGCGAUGCCCUCAAAAGUUAGAUACAGUAUGAGUGUUAAAACUUGAAUAUUUGCUUCACUCCAUAAUUAAACAGAAUAGGUAUUUUCUCAUGUCUUAGCAAACUGCAGUGUGAGAUGAACAUUCUGCAAACCUAGAAAACUCAUAGGAAUUAUGUCAUCCAUCUUAAAAUGGGACCUGUUUUCUUCCAUAGCACAUCUGCUGCAGGGACUACAUACUUGUAUAAUUUAAACCCCUUAUCUGAAAAGACCAGGAAAUAUUUGAAUUCAGUGAGAGGAAAUGAUUUGAAAGAAAAUUUUGUAGCUGCUUAAGAAAGAACCACAAAGCACACAAACAUGGGAACAACCAGUUCUGGAGAAAGGAGAAUAACACAUGAUAAUUAUUAAACAGAGAAAGUUUCUAGGUAAGUAAAACCCAAAAAGGAAAAAACUCCAACACUCAGACAUAAGAUAGAGUUGAACCAGUAUGAAAAAUAUCAGGUAAAAUUUUCUUUUCCUCCUCCUUUGUAAGAAUCAGGAAGACUAAAUCAGAAGAAACAGGUGUUCUCAAACUGCUUUACUAGUUGGAGGGGCUUUUUCGUUUUUUUUUUUUUUUUUUUUUUUUUUUUUUGCGUUGUGAGAUAAUUUACUUAAAGACUAAGGAUCAGAUAGUGGAGGCAGAAGAGAGGUGUAAAAGGACUAGGCUGCUCAUUUGCAGAGAGUUUUUUGAAGUAACUUGGCUUUACAGGCUCCAGACUCUGUGCCAGCCACAGUACCGUCCUAAAGGUGAGCGUUGCCUCAAGAAAAAUAGAGAAGUCCUGCAUUCUCUCACAGUUAGCAACAGCCCUGGGUAGCCAGAGCAGCUCACUGCUCAUCACUUAGCUCUCUUACAGGGUUUAUCUCAACUAGUGAAUGUACAACAAGUGCAGAUGACAUUGCCUAUACUGGAAUUUCACCUUGGUGCAAGUUAGCACAGAAACACCCUUACCUUUUUUUCCAGUUGAGGAUUAACCCUCAACAGUCAUCCUCAACUCCUCUGCAGCAGUCUCCUAAAGAUAGAUGGCCGAGAUUUCAGGGAGAGUUCUUGCAGGAGGUUCCCAGCAUACCGCAUGUUGCAGGGGCUUUCCCCAGUUGUCAAGGAGGGUGGGGCUGCCAAGCCUUGGGAGUAGGAGGCUUCAUUUAUAGCUAGUUUUAGGUCAUUCCUGGUCCCAGGAAACAUUUGCUUGGCACAAGUCCCCAUUGUAAGGAAUGUGAAAAACUAAGAUGCCAGGUCAGUGAGCAGGAUGGGGAAUAAAUCAUCUGAGUCAGAGGAUACCGAGCACUACCAGCAGCCUGGUUCCUGGUUUUCACAAUGAGGCCGCAGCCAGAUGCAAGCAUGGCACAUAAUGGUCAUUGUACAUCAUCCAUGAACCAGCAAGGUAAAUUAAAAUAAGGCCUGAGAGAGUCUGUGCAAAGAGAUCUCAUGCAGAAGAAGUGAAAGGAAAGGUGGAAAGGGUAGGAAAGCCUGCUGGAAAAAGGGAGUCAAGGCACAAAAUAUGCAAAGGCAGCUCUCUCAUUGCUUCAUUGCCUGAAGGAACAGAGGCCUUCAGUACUGUCAGCCACAAACGUUUGGCAGUGUGAAAAACAUCAGAUUACAUUUCUGACUACAUGGGAGAGGAGCAGAUGAGGAUGUGGGAUUCUUGUUGGCUUGGAGGCCACAUUACUUCAUCAUGUCUGAACAGAGGAUGCUUCUCAGCAAGACUGAUUUCUCAGAGCUGGGAAUAUUACAAUAAAUUAAUAAUCCAAAAAUAUGUUUGGUCACUCUGUGGGAGAAUUGAAAUGCAUUUUUAUUGCCAAGAGAGAACUGUGAAUAAUCACUCCUACAGAGAACAAAUAAACAGAGCAAAUCUGCAAACAAACCAUA